CAUGGCAGAAUCUAGAGCAUAAUUUGAGAGUGAAUUAAAAAAGAGGUUGAGUCUUAAAUCCCCUCAUGAAGAACAAACAUUAUUAAAAUCAUUUUAAUACUAUGACCUUAAAUAAUCGAAUGUUGUCAAUUAAUAAUAAUUUGAAGCUGUAUUAGAAAAAGUUGGUAUCACUCUUCCAAAAGAUGUAUAUAAUUUUAAUAUAACAUAGUAAAUCACUUCUUUGUUCAAAUAUUAUCAGUAGAACGGGUAAUUGAAUUACAAGAGUUUUAUUUAGAGAGUAUACUAAUCACCAGAAUCAGCAGUGUUCUACUUUUAAAAAAAAAUGUGGGAAAAUGGGUUAGAUUUAUUUUUUGAUUGGCUAGAACAAUUAAACUGUAAAGAGUAUAAUUACGCAUAAUUUAAAUACUUAUUUUAUUAAUAUCCUGAAGAAAAAGUUAGAGCUCUAUUCUAAUAUUUCAAUUAAAACAAUCUUGUAAGAAUAGAAGAAGUAGUAGAAGCAUUUAGAGGAGUUGUUAAACCUAGUGGCUUUAAAGUAGAUUCAUUUAAUAUUGAUUAAAUUAUUGAUAUGUUUAAAGGAGACAAGACAAAAAUUAGAAAAUAUUUGUAAAGCUAUAUGAGAUUCAAGAAUAUAAAAUUGUUAUCACAAAGUUAAUUCGAUGAAUUCAAUCAUAUUCUUGAAUUAGGUAAUAUCAAAGCUUAAUGGUUGGGAGAGAGAAGCACAAUCUAUACUCCAAUUAGAAAAUUAGAUUUUAAUGAAUUAGAUCUAACAGAAUUGAGAUCAGCACUUGUUAAAAAAGGUCCAAAAGCAUUAAUUAAUUUAAAAAAGUUAUUGAUUCAAGCAGAUGAUGAUUAAGAUGGUUAUUUGACUGAGAAAUAAGUCUAAAAAGUAUUAAGAGAUUACAGAUUUCCUUAAUAAAUAGGAGGAGUAAAUAUCUAAGAUUUCUUCAUUGAAUUGCUUGGACCUUUUGAUUAACCUAAUAUUGUUAAAUAAAUAUUUGAGUAAAUGGAUAUUGAUAUGGAUGGUGUUAUUCCAUACUAAUUAUUAAAAUAAUGUUAUCAAGCAAGAAAUCAUCCAGAUGUUAAAAAAUAAUUAAAAAGUGAAACUGAAUAACUUGCAGAAUUUUUGGAUUCAUAUGAUGCUCAUCAUAAAAUGGGAAGUAAGAAUGUCACAUUUGCUGAAUUUUAUGAAUAUUGUCAUAUUCUUUAUGCUUGUUAACCUGAAUAAUUUGAAAAUAAUCUGAUCAAUGUGUUUACUUAUGUUAGACCACCUUAAUAAUAAACUACUAGCGUUGCUUAAUAUGCCCCCUUUGGAACUAGUGCUGAAAAAACAGAUUACAGCACAGCAUUAAGACCAUUAAGUAGCUAAUAAAUUUAAAAAUAAUAAAAUAUAAAUCCUGCAGGAUUAACAUAUGCAUAAUAAUAAUUACAAAAAAUAGAUAAUGUUUUAGAAAAAUUAAAAUCUAAAGGAUAUAGGGGCAUAAUUUAUAUGUUAAGAAAUAUUAUGAGAUAUGAUGCAUAAGGAAUAUAUGUUGGUUUCAAUUCAAUAAGAGUUUAAGUCAAUCAAUAAUAUAUUAGAUAGAUCUUAAAUUAAAGUAAUAUGUAUCAUAUUUUAUUAUAGAAAAUGAAAUUUCUAUGAAAGCAUUCUUAGAAAAGAUUUUAGGAGAAUUUUAAAAUUGGAGAUUGAAUUUAGUUCAAAUGGCCUACAGAAAAUUACAGUCAACCAAUUUUGAAGAUAUGAAAAGUAAUUAAAAUAUACAAUAUAUAUAUAGAAAACUUUCUUGCUAGACCUCGACAAAAAAUGUCAGAUGACGAAGUCUUGAUAGAUUUUCUAGAUACUUUUGAUAGCCAUCAUCAAUUAUUUAAUUCAAAUAAUGUAUCAUAAGAAGAAUUUGAACAAUAUUAUCACAUAAUGAGCUUUUGUGUAACUGAUGAUAGAGAAUUUGAAGUUGCUGUUAAAAGUGGUUGGAUGGUUUGA